AAGGUCAGAUAAAUUUAUAGCCAUUGCAAUUUACAAUACCACUACCGCCUCUGUUUCCUAAAGUUGUUGAAUUGCUGCUAACAUUGCGAAUACAUACAGAAAAAUAUUUAUUACACUCAAAGCUAAACAGAAUUCUAUCUUUACUUCGGCCUUGCUUUCCUCCAUUUCUUGUGCUAUUUUGUGAAAGUUUUCUUCCUCCUUUUUUCUUGUAAUUUCCUAAGAGGUUGGUCUUAUGGAGUGGUUUUCUCGAGUUGAUGGUGGUGAUCUUGUUGUUCCUAAAGGCUCAGAAGAUGGUUGUCCACCAUCUCCUGACAGCUGGUCACAGUGGGACUCAACACCAUAUGGGAAUUUCAAGUCAGAAAUGAAAAGGAACAAUAUAAGGUCGAACGUUGGAUCUGAAGAUUGUAAUAAAGUGGCCAGGAGCGGUGUUGACAUGAGAAACUUUGGAGUUCAGGAGGAGGCUUUUGAUAAUUUGGAUAGCCAAGAUUCAUAUUGUGAUAUGGACCAAUGGUCCUCAUAUCCACCUGACCAGCUGGAAUUUCAUCUUGAUAACUUGGCCUCGAUAGAUCAGUUGGAUGAUGUCUUCUUAAGUUCCUUACUCGAAGAAUGUCCAACUGGAAUGGAUGCUUGUGAUGAGUCAUCUGAUUUAUCAACAAAUUCUCAGUGCAGCGUGCUGCUGGCUGAUAACCAAGUAGGAGAUGAAUAUUCAAAUCCAGAUCAUGUGACAAGCAACGCUUGUAGUGCCGAGAGUGCCAAAUAUUACACUGCACAUGCUUUUACUUCGCCAAUGGAUUGGGAGAGUCAUCAAGAAGUUAACAAUUCUUAUUUGCUGGAAAAGGCACCAACUGCAGAGGUUGCUGUGAAAUUGGAGCAUGAUAGAGGAGAUAGUAGAGUGAGUGACGAGGAAAUAUCCACGGAGCAAUCUGUCCUACAGCACCUUGAAAGUCUCACAUCUCAGUUGACUGAGGAAACCAGAAUCUGCUUCCGGGAUUCUCUAUACCGUCUUGCAGAUAAUUCAAAACAUGAUGAAUGUCAGAAUUGGAAUGUUCAGUCAGAUCAAAGUUCUAGGUGGUUAAACAAAGAAGAGGCAAUAGAACUGCAGACGAAUGUAAUUGACAGAACUGUUGCCAACCUAUUGUUCAGCAACAUAGAUUUUGGUGCUUCUGGAGGCUCAUCUUUGGACUUGACAGAAGUCACCGACACAAGACAGCAUUCGGGUGGGAUGUUAUGGCAUAUUUCAGGUUCCUCGGGUUGUGAUGUGCCUACUUUUAGCGGAUAGACGGUGCAUUCUUGACUCUGCUCAAACCUUUCUUGAAGUGGAACAAUGAAGUGGGUUGAUUGGCGAUACUCUGUAUCCUAGUGCUUAUGCUUCCCUCAAAGACAUUACAGCUCGGUCAUCUUAUGUUAUUUGGCCUGACCAGAUCCGGCUAAGUUUUGACAAAAAGCUUGUAUUGUAGGCAUGAGUAAAGACCAACUACGUCUACUUUUGCGUCUACUAGCUGAUCAGUAAUUUCUUUCAUAUGAUAGUGUUGGCAGAGGACUAUCAGCUCCAAGAGCUCAAGACUCAAGAACACUAUUUUGUGUAGGAAAAAAGGUAAAACAGUUGAAUCCUGGCAGUUCUUUGGACUUACCAGGAGUUAUGUAAGUGGCGAAACGCUUUAAAGGGGCCCCUAUUUUUUCUAAAGCUCCAGACAUCUUACUUAAGGAAGAAACUUUUCCUGUGUUCUUUUUGAAUGUUGGAAACUGCUAGUUUCUUCCAAUUUGCGUAGUUUCAGUUGUUUUAGUUCUUGGUAGGAGUUGUAAUAUAUAUGUUGACACUUCAUAUGAGUAAACAUGGGACUUGAGGCAAAUUUGAGUAUGGUAUGGACAUAUGGUUGAUCGUUAA